AUGGAGCAGGAGUGUAUGAUUGCAGGUUUGUACCAGUCUCUGGGCAUCUCUAUUGGAUCUGAAUUUUCCUCCAAAGACGUGAGUGUCCUCUUCCACAAAGUCUUUCAUGUGCCCUCCACCCCAGAGGAUGCACAUGUGGCCAUCCGGAAGCUCUACUGGGACCUCCAGCUGCUAAAUGCAGGGCAACUCAACACUCUGUACAUGAUGAACAUACAAAACAUCAUCGGUCAGCUGGAUCUGGACUGCAUGUGCCCACACAUACACACAGCCACUUACGAAAAAGCUCACAACAGAUCAGAUACAAGGUCUGUGCUGUCAUGCUCAACCGACAAAGGCCAUUCACAGAAGGAGAGACUGGCAGAGAAAAGAGAGCAGCCGAGGACUGGAAAGGGUGUGUGGAGACUGAGGAGGGCAGCCAGGCAAAGCUGGGCCAGAUUGGCAGCAGAGGGGUUGCACAGCAUAUUUCCCUCUCUGUGGCAGUGUGAGCUGGUCAGAGGCCAGACCUGGGGCUGCGUCUCUCUGUCAGACCUCCUCCUGCUGGUGGAAGUCAAGUAUGAUGUGGUCACCCACAUGCUUUACACAGAGAUGCUGCAGGAGCACCACAGUCUCAGUGUCUGGGAGACUCUGCUGCCAUGGCAACAAGAUGAGGAAGAGGAGGGGCUGGAGGAUCUGGCAGAGGAGGCUUUGGAAUCAGGUGACAUGCUGUGUUUGGCUGAGCUACCAGGAGCCUUCAGGGUAUACAGGGCCAGUGAUGGUAGGUUUUUCAAAGGCGGUCCAGAUUCCAGGGAAAGGUCAUGGUCUGCUAUUAAUCUCCUGUGUGAGAUACACGCAUCUCGUCAACAAGAGAGGGAUGUGCUCACCGCUUUGAGCAGGAGGCUGGACAAGGAGGCCCUGCGGCUGUUGUGUCUCCACAUCAGGUCGGCCACUGUCAGAGCUCAGAGAGAAAAAAUGUCCUACGCUGCUCUCCUGGCUGCCCGGCAGUCCUGGGAGACAUGGCCGUGUGUUCGCAGUCCAUGUAAAACGGAGCAGGCUGCUCUGUGGCUACAGAGUGAGGAAGAUGAGGGAAAGGAAAAGAAAGACUUCAUCUCAGCAUCACUACAGCAGGCAGUGCUUCAUUGGCUGGUGCUGACUCAGGAGCAGGAGAGGAAAUAUCUGCUAAAGCUGCUGCAUGGGGUCUCCCAAGGGGAUUUACAGGGGCCAGGUGGCAAAGAGCCUUCAAGAGAGGAGGAUAAGGAGAGGCAUAAUGUUUUAAGAGAAGGCUGUAUAAGUAGAUUGAAACAAAUCCACAACGACCUGCAGACUCACAUGAAUACCCAAAUCCAAAAAGUGCAGAACUCCCAUCAGCCUCAACCCAAGUCCCUGCCCCAAACCCUACACACUUAUAAGUCAUUCCAGCCCCAAAUCCAGGCCCAGACCCAGAUAGGCAGCACAGCAGGGGGUCCCAAGUCCCAGUGGGAUGCAUGCGCCGUGAUGCUGCUGACCCAGCUGAUGGAGCUCCAAGAGGUCCAGGUUGCUGCAGUAAUAUCAGCAAUGCUUGACAUGAAUGCACAGCGUCUCCGAGCUCUGAGGGACAAGUAUGACUCUGAAGUUCAAGAGCAGCGCCUCGCCACUCUGCUGCAACUCCUGACCUCAGCUGCCCUUCUCACUUCAGACUCCCUACUCAUCGCUGAUCCAACCUUAAACCAGAACAGCAGCACUGAGCAAAUCACAGCUCAGGACUGCCGCACUGGGCCACUCCAAGCCCAAAACAGCAGCACUGGGCCACUUGAAGCUCCAAAUAGCAGCACUGCUGAUUCAAUCGGACGGGCAAGAAGAGAACCAAAUCAAGCACAAGCUGCAGACGGCAUUGAAAAACAAGAUGUCUGCACAGGCUGCGGGGUGGCCAUGGAGGACCUGCCCUACUUGGAGAUCUUGUGUGUGUCAGAAGUCACAAACAUUUCAAGUGAUGGACACACUGCAGAAAGAGGGGGAGCCCAGGAGGGACAGGAAGAGGGCAGCCCAAGGAAAACCCCGCAGAACUAUGAGAAACAGGGCUCUCUGAUUACCCUAGCAUGGAGCAAGCCACGAGAGGAUGACACUGAUCACCAGACAGAGGCUGAAGUCAGAGGCACAACAGAGAACCAGAAUGCUGUAAGAAGUAUGAAGACCAUGGACGGGAUAGGUGAUGUGCACAACACAGCUGAACAAAACACCCACUGUGAGGAGAUGCCAGGAGACAGUCACAUGAAAGUGUCACACCCCUCUCUGUUCACGGCUAGUUCCACACAGCGUGCAGACCAGCAAUGCAGCACAGAAGGACAGCUGCUCCUUAAAAAUCACUCUGCAGCCCUGGAGCAGCAGACAGUUCCUGAUCAGCCAGAGAACAGGGAAACCACCUCUGACAGUGACCUGCCAACGCAUGCUUUGGUAGCAGAGACCCUAGAGGUUGGACAGCCAUAUCGUUUGGCUGAGUCUCUUGAGAUUAAGCAGCAUGAUGAUGACCCCUGUUCUGACCUAUCCAAUGAGACAGCUAAUGUGAGUGAGGCUGUGGACAGAGUGCACACUGAGGUGGAAAUGAAUCCCACCCAAAUGCAGUCAGAGCUGUGGGACCUAAAAGAGCCUGAACAGCCUCACCAUGAAGACCAAAAAUAUACCUCACAAGCCACAGUAGACAGUAGUUUCUCCGAAAAGGAGACCACGAGGGAAUCUGUGAUGAUGGAGAGAGAUCCAAUGCUUGAGCCAGUGUCAGUAAUGGAGAGAGAGAGGACAAUGCGCAGCUUGGUGGACAUGCAAAGAAAGGUGGAACAGAGGCAACAGAGAGACAGAGAGAGACAACUACUGAGGGUCCAGGAGCGUCUGACAAUCAUCCAAAACAGGAAGGCAGAGGAAGACCUCCUUGGCCUGAAACAAAGUGACAGGUUACGGCAUGUCACAGACAAUCUGCCACAGGAGGACAAGAGCCAGCAGAAGACAGUUGUCAGAGAGCGACUGGAGCAGCUAAGGAGGGAGCGCUCCUAUGUCAUGCAGUCCAAACGAGACAGGAAUACUGCUGGGUUUAAGGAACUCCUGGGCCCAGUUGCUCUCCAGAGCACAGAUACAGAGGACGGAGGAGACUGACUCAGAUUCUGCAGUUACAUCAUUCAUCUAAUUUGAAGUUUUACCAUCUAGCACCAAAUCUAUCACAAUAAAUACAAUAUCCAACAAGUAAUAUUUCUCAUCCCUGUCAAGUUAUAUAGAACAUUAAACCCAAUGUGCACAUGGCUGAU